AUGAUGGCCUUAGUCGUAGAGAGGUUAGUAGCUACGAGACAUCAUAUAGACUAUGAAAACCGAAAAGAUCGGCUAGUGGUUGUAUAUGUCAUAUUUUCAUUGGCAUAUGCAUUUGCAUUUGCUGUUGUGGUGUUCUUCUACAAUUGGAAACCUUGGUUUAACAGUAAGUUUUUAGUCAAUAAUUUUUGUGACAUUUCGUUUUAUAUUCAAAAUAACGACAUAAAAUGGCAAGAACAAGUUGUUUGUUGCUGUAUGGUUGCCAAAAUGCAAUUUUCAAUACAAGUUGUUCUAACUGUGCCAUUUCUAAAAAAUUAAAAAAUCAAUAAUUUUUGUGACAUUUCGUUCUAUAGCCAAAAUAUCAAAUUAAAAUUGCAAAAAAAAAUUUUUUUUUGGUAUUUUACGAUUGUCAAAAUGCGAUUUUUAGAAAAAAAUUAUUUUAUAUAUGCUAUUUCUGUAGUAUUUAAAAAAUCGAUAAAUUUUGUGACAUUUCGUUACAUAAUGAAAAUAACUUUUUUAAUAGUCAAAAAUGAUUUUUAAGACUAAAAAUGCGGUUCUUUUUAAUAAAUUUAUAUAUUUAAAAAAUCGAUAAUUUUUGUGACAUUUUGUUUCACAGUCAAAAUAACCGUUCGAAAUAGCAAAAAUAGUUUUUUUUAAAGUUUUAUUGUUAUAAAAACGCUCUUUUUAUUAAAAAUGACUUUCAUUAUGCAAAUUUCGUCAAAAUCAAAAAAUCAAUAAUUUUUGUGAAAUUUCGUCAAAGUCAUUUAAAUUUUUUGUGACACAUCGUCAAAAGUAAUUUUUCAAAAACUACCGCUUCUUUAACAAUUAUAAUUUGUAGUUUCAGUAAUAAACACCACGACAUGUGUAACACAGUACAAGUACAUUGAGAUUCGAGUAUGGUGCUGGUUCACCUUGGGAUCGAUAACAUUGAUUGGUCUCCCAAUAAUGAGGAGUAUAUAUAAAACAAAUCGAAAGAUCCAAAGACAAAUGAACACUGGACUGUCUAGUAGGUAUCAACUUCAGGAGAAUAUCAUGGCAUUGAAGGCGAUGAUACCUGCCAUUACUUGGGGUGUUAUGAUAAUUGGUAAUAUUGGAGUAUUAACAGCUUUGUUGCUGUUUAUCGACUGGUACUUCUCUCAGGCUAUUACUGGGAGAGUGCUGUUUUUGUUGAAGGUAGGUUACUUUAAGUUUAGGGUAGGGUAGGGUAGGGUAGGGUAGGGUAGGGUAGGGUAGGGUAGGAUAGGGUAGGGUACGGUAGGGUGAAAUAUAGUCUAAAAACAGCCUUAGCUAAGCCUAAUACUCUUUUUUUUAGCUAAACCUAUUUGUAAUCGACAUAGCUCCAGCCGGUUACGAAGUGAUCUUCAUCAAGAUGUUAACUCCACUUAAUGAAACCUUUAAAAAAGACUUUAGUUUCCUAAGAAAAAAUUCAAAGCCCACUCCAGUUGUGAAGUGUAGAUCACCUGUGGACGAGGGAACUAUUUACUUUAGACAGUUUGAUAAACAAUGGUGCUAA